AUGGGUAGAAAGCAGCAGCAGUAUAACAUGAAUGUUGAGCAAAAUGUGCCACAGCAGGUAUUAAGGAAUCCGUACUGUUCCACCGAAGGGACACAGUGCGGCUGUAGGUCACACCACGUGACAUGUGAACUGCAUCAGGUUACGAAAAACUCAUGCUCCCUCUGGAAAAUAUUUCUAAUAUGCCUGUUGGCUUGUCUAGUUGCCACAGCCAUUACAGCUCUGGCCUUUUACUUCGGCCACUUUGGCAACUCCACCAAUACCACCAUCGUCGUUCACACAGACGGAAGGUCCUGCCAAGAUCCCUGCGUCUCUCCCUCUACACCAUCUCCAACCACAACCCCUUCACCUGGACCUGGGACCUCUCCAUCUCCUGACACAACCACCCCGAGCUUGUCUUCCACCCCACCCACAUCUACUACAGUGAUGCCUAUUACCACCCCAGAACAUGUCGUUGAAAUUGACUAUGACUAG